AUGGAUGAUUUGGCCGGCCUCGAGACGCUUGCGCUCCUCAGUGAGGUGCUCCUUGGCACAAGCGGCCCCGCCCGGCAGGCCGCACCCACGCAUGCAAACGCCCAUGCGAGCGUGCCGGCUGCCGAGGCACGCCCGCUCGCUCGGCAGGGUUCCGCUGUGGGCAGCAGCCAGGGCGGCAUCGCAGGCGACUGGCAGCUUGCGGUGAGCGCCGCGCAGAACCCGAUCCCGGAGCGGCCCUCUAGCGGACCCCCCAUGCGCGCGCCCAUCAAUGGCGCGGCGGGCCCCGACCCGCGGCGGAGCGGCGGCGGCGACGCCGCGAGCGGCGGGCGCGCGGCCGCCUCGGGCGCCGCGCUGCUGGAAGAGCAGCUGCUGCGCCUCGCGGGCGCGUACGACCAGGCAGCAGCCCAGGGCCGCCUGCCCGUCGGGGCGCUGCAGCGGGAGCUGCAGGAGCAGCUGCUGCUGCUGCAGCUGCAGGCCGAGCAGCACCGCGAGCAGCAGCGGCGGCGGCAGGAGGAGGAGCGGCUGCGGCAGCAGCAGGCCGCGGCAGCGGCCGCGGCGGCAGCCGGCGCAGGGCAGGGCGGGACGGCGUCGGUCAUCGACGCUGUGGCCAAGCAGUUGGUGGCGUCGUUUCCUCAGAUUGCGGUUCUGCUGGAGGGGCAGCUUGGGGGACGGCCGCAGGCGGCCGCCGGGUUGGACGGGGGCCCGGCCGCCGGCAGCGUCGCCGCCGCGCUCGCCGCCCUGCAACAGCGGCGCGAGCCGGGGCCGUCGCCGCUGCCGCGGCAGCCGCUGCCCGCCGCGCCGGAGGUCCCCCGGGAAGCGCAGCGGCGGCAGCAGGAGCAGCAGCAGCUGCCGGCUGCGCCGCCGUCGUCGCCGCCGGCGCGGGCGCAGGUUUCGGCCCCUGCCGGGCGGGGCAAGGAUUCGGCCAGGGAAGCAGCCAUGGAAGCUGAGUUGCAGCGGGAGGAGGAGGAAGACGACAAGGCGCUUAACCAGUGGCGCCAGCGCCAGCGCAAACAGCAGCAUCCGCGCGCCUCCUCGGCCCCGCGCGACGACGACGGUGACGCGCCGCCCGCCGCGGCGCUGGCGGCGGCGGCGGCGGCGGCGGCGGCGCCGAAGCGGCGGCCGUGGGCGCGGAAGCGCGCGCG